AUGGGAACAUUGGUGGGUCACAUCAUACCAGGAUUUUUCUUCUUUGCACUUGGUCUAUGGCACCUCUUUAACCACAUCAAACUAUUUUCUCUACAUCCAAAAUCCUACAUAUCAUGUGUAUGGUUUCCUCUUUCCAAACCAAGAUAUUUAGAGCCUCUCGUGAUCAUUAUAGCAUCCUCACUUUCCAUUUCUGUGGAGCUCUUCCUUGGCCAAAAGAAUCACCAACCAUUUGAUCCCAAUGAUGGAACUAUCCCAUCAAACCAUCUCCAUAACUUUGAACACUCUUGCAUCUCCAUCACCUUCAUCACCUAUGCAGCUUUUGCCAUCAUCUUUGACAAAACAAGACCAGUGGCUCAUAGGGAGUUAAUCAACUUGAUCGCGGCUCUAGCAUUCGCCCAACAACUCUUUCUUUUCCAUUUCCACUCGUCUGACCACACGGGCGUUGAGGGACACUACCAUUUGUUGCUACAACUCGUGGUGUUUGUCUCUUUGGUCACAACACUCUUGGGGAUCUCCUUACCAAGUAGCUUCUUGGUGAGUUUUGUUCGGUCACUUAGUAUUUCUUUCCAAGGAAUAUGGCUUAUGUCAAUGGCUUGCAUGCUUUGGACGCCAAGUUUGGUUCCCAAGGAUUGUUUUCUUCAUAUUGAAGAAGGAUCUACGGUGAGACAGUUGAAUAUUCUGAGCUUCGAACAAAGGAGUCCAAAGACGUAGAGAUCAUGAUGACCAUGGUUGAGGUUCAUGAUUCUGAAUCACGAAAUGGAGUUAAGUCACUAGCUUGAGUAAUCAUGGCCAAAGAAAACUGUUAACUUCUCAUGAUGUUUUCGUAUUCCAGUUCAAAGAGUUAAUUUGAUCAUGUGAAUGUAGACGUAUUCUGAAUUUAUUAAAAUGACACUAAGAAUAUAGAUGGGAGACAAUCCAUAUAUGUAGUGUGUGGUAUAUAUAUGAACAUGCCGUAAUCUAUUAUAUAUCUCCUGUUGUCAAGCUUCUUGUGGUAAGAGAACACAAACCUUUUUUUGCCUGGUAAUUCAAAUUCC